AUGUGUGAAAUUGCCGUCAAAAAGGACCUGAUUCACCCAGACACAGCAGGCAAUGCCACUGUCCCUCGUCAUAACGACGGAACCUGUAGAAACGAGACGAUUCUCAAGGACGACUAUAUUAUGGUCAACGACACUGUGGUUAUAAAAGUGUCUAAUCGCACUUACUAUCCUGGGGCGUACGAGGUUGUGAAAGAAGGAGUUUUGGUGUGCUCCUUCGCGUCCGACAAAUACUCGGACGCCAUGGGGUGGGUGACGCUGGCUGGUCUGAGCGCGUCCUCCCUGUGCCUCGUGCUGCACUUGGUGGCCUUCGCCCUCGUGCCUCACCUCAGGAACCUUCACGGCAGGAACGUGGCAUCUCUUUCUGUGUCGCUCCUCGGGGCCUACGUCUCGUACAUCCUCAGCGUUUUCGCCGAGACAUCGACGACGGAAUGCUACGUGUUCGCGGUUCUCAUCUACUACUUGUUUCUCACGUCGUUCUCGUGGAUGAACGUCUUGGGCUUCGAUGUGUUUUACACGUUCAGGCGAAGCAGAGUGAGGUCCGGAGAACAGUGGAAGAGGUUCUUAGUGUAUUCUGCGUACGGGUGGGUGCUUCCCGCGUGCGCCGUCGCUGCGGUGGUAGCGGUGGACCAGACGAGGCCCCCCGGGUUCCCCCCGGAAUUCCUUCCGAGUCUUGGGCAGCACCUGUGCUGGUUCGGGCGACGCAAGGCCUUGCUGGCGUUCUUCGGCGCCCCCCUGAUCGCCAGCAUCAUCAUGAACGUGGCUUUGUUCGUCGCCACGACAGUCAGCAUCGCCAAGACGAUGCAGUCGGAGGUGCGGAAGACGUCCCCGAGUGAGCCGAAGAAGGAGUUCCUCCUGUACCUCCGGCUGGCCGUCCUGAUGGGGAUCACGUGGAUCACUUCGGUGGUGGCCUCGUACCUGGAGGAGGAAGUGCUGUGGUACGUGUUCAUCCUGUUGAACACUCUGCAGGGCGUGUUCAUCUUCCUGGCCUUUACCUGCAGGACCAAGGUGUGGGAAGCCAUCGCGCAGCCUUGCCAAGCGCCGUCCUCCGUCAGCUGCUGCAGAAGGCAAGAGUCAGAACCUCCGGCGAGUGAUCAGAGCGGAAUGUUCUCCAGCUCUACCUCGACGAACAUGACUCCCGCCGAUUCAGACAUGUCCAUUCACUCCUCAAACACAGUGCUAACGCUCAAGUUUUCGACGAUAAGUGCAGUUUAA